AGGACACAGUAAAAAAAGUUUGAGAUCCACAAUCAGAGAGUGAGAGGGAGAGAUGGCUUCAGUUACCAGAAGUGAAGAAGGUGCUUCAGUGAAAGCGAUCAUGGCGAUGAGAGCGGCCAUAGAGCUGCUUCUGGGAAUCGUCUUCCUCGGUUACAUCAUGGUUUGGCUAAUGUCAUCCACAAACAUCUUCUAUCUUCACUGGAUGCCAAGGGUUCAUGCAGAAACAAACUUCACCUUCAUUGGAGCUCAAGGUCAAAACACUCUGAUAUUCACACUUCCAAUCAUCUUCAUUGCCGUCAUGGCCUGCCUCUACCUCCAUUUGGGGAAGAAACUCGGCGAUCACGGCAUCAGCAAGGGGGGAUCUAUGUUCGACAUAUGGAAGCGACCCGUGUUGAUAAAAGGGGCACUAGGGAUAGUUACAUGGACAGAGCUAACCUUCUUGCUCAUGUUCAUAGCUCUGUUAUGUUGGUCCAUCUAUUCCUACUUGCACGCCAUGUUUGCGCCUAUCCGCCAGGAAGCUGCAGCCGAAGGAUUGAAAGUAUGGGAAGUGAAGUUGUCAAGCUUGGGACUUACAUUAGGGCUGGUUGGGAAUAUCUGCCUUGCAUUCAUCUUCUUCCCGGUUACCAGAGGAUCUUCAGUGCUUCAGCUGGUUGGCCUCACUUCAGAGUCAAGCAUCAAGUACCAUAUGUGGUUGGGACACAUGGCGAUGACCCUUUUCACGCUCCACGGCCUAUGCUUCAUCACCUUUUGGACCGAGACAAAACAACUAUCCAAGAUGCUGAAAUGGGACGAUCUCUUAGUAUCCAAUGUGGCUGGAGAAAUAGCUCUAACUGCUGGAUUGGUCAUGUGGGCAUCAAGCUUUACUUGCAUCAGAAGGAAGACGUUCGAGCUCUUCUUCUACACACACUAUCUCUACAUCGUCUUUGUUGUGUUCUAUGUGUUCCAUGUCGGCUUCUCUUCCGCCUGCACAAUCCUUCCUGGUUUCUACCUCUUCGCCAUUGAUCGGUUCCUGAGAUUGCUUCAAUCCCAGCAGAAGGUUUGCUUGGUUUCAGCUCGAGUCUUGCCCUGUCGAGCAGUGGAGUUGAAUUUCUCCAAGAGCCCAGGACUGAAGUAUAAUCCAACAAGCAGCAUGUUCAUAAACAUCCCAAGCAUUUCAAAGCUGCAAUGGCAUCCAUUCUCAGUUACAUCAAGCAGCAAACUCGAACCAGACAGGAUAAGCGUGAUGAUCAAAGGCGACGGGCAUUGGACGAACAAACUGCAUCAGAAACUGGCAUCCACUUCACCAAGAACAACUCACUUAAAAGCCUCCAUCGAAGGACCUUACGGGCCAGCUUCACCCGAUUUCAUGAGGCACGAUACGCUGGUAAUGGUGAGCGGAGGCAGUGGAAUCACGCCGUUCAUCUCAAUCAUCCGAGAAAUCCUCAGCCAAUCCAACACGAAGACCGUCAAAACUCCGAAACUGCUAUUGAUCUGCGCUUUCAAGCACUGCAUCGAUCUCACGAUCCUAGACCUAAUCCUCCCGGUACCGGAAUCAGCAAACGCAGCCCCUCUAGACUUCUCCGGCGCGGAGCUGCGGAUCGAAGCGUUCGUCACCAGGGACAAGGAAAUCAAACCUGAGGAAGAAUCCUCGAGCCAGAUCCAAACCCUCUGGUUCCGUCAAAACGGCACCGAUUCCCCCGUCGCCGCAGCGCUGGGCUCCAACAGCUGGAUCUGGCUGGGAGCCAUCAUCUCCGGCUCGUUCGUCAUCUACCUGGUGCUGAUCGGGCUCGCCACGCAGUACUACAUAUACCCGAUCGACGGCAACACGAACAUGCGAUUCUCCACUCCGGCCAAGGCAGCGCUGAACAUCCUGUCCAUCUGCGUCGCCGUCGUCGUCACCGCGACGGUCGGCUUCCUGUGGAACAACAGACGAAGCAGCAGCCAAACGACUCCCGUUCUCAACAGAGCGAUCCCCGCGCCAACAACGACAUCCCCGGCGACGCUGCUGAGCGGCGGAGAAUCGGAGUCGGCGGAGGAGGUAGAGAGCCAGCCGCGGAAUGCAAUCCGGCAAGCCACUACAGUGCAUCUCGGGAAACGGCCAAACAUGAAUAGGAUACUGCUGGAAGUGGAAGGAGAGAGCGUGGGAGUGCUCGCCAGCGGGCCGAAGAAGAUGAGGCAACGAGUGGCCAACUACUGUCAGUCGAGCAUCGCCGAUAAUCUCCACUUCCACUCCAUUAGCUUCGCCUGGUGACAUGUUUUGGCCGGGAAAGCUUUCUAUAAUGCUGGAAUCAUACGAAAUUUCGAUCGAAUCGCCAGUUUGCUACAUCCAAUUGAUACAUCCAACCACACCCUAUUGUUUCCCAAAGUAAUUUGUUCCUCAGAAAGUGAUCAAUAAAAGUUGCACAUUGUA